UCAAUUCGGACAAUGGGUUUCAGGCAAGCCUCUUGGAGCGAAUGGUAACCGACCGGUGGAAAUAGCGAAACUAACAUAUCUCAAGUUCGAAUUCCGACUCCUCUCAGGUCUCGACCGUAAACCAAAGGCCGGAUCAGUCGAGCAGCCGGCAACGUCUCUGCCAGGACGGCAAAGAAGCUCCGGACCCCGGCCAGGCAGCGACAUCGACGUCAGCGGGUACGAGAUGGCAGAGAUUGGGCCGACUCACCUCCUCGCCCUCAACAAGUUUUCUGCCGCAAGACCGCACCUCCUUCUCCUCACACAAGACGGCUUCAGGAGGCAGCAUGAAGCGCUGGAUAUCCAGGAUUUCACCGCCUUGUGGCAGGUCCUGUCUUCGCUAGGCGGCGGCCGGAAGCGGUACCUGGCCAUCUUCAACUGCGGCAUCGACGGCGGGUGCAGUCGACUGCACAAGCACAUGCAGCUCUUUCCUGCUCCCGACGCCGACAAGUUCGCGCUGUGGCCAGACUCUAGUGAUGGCCCGUCAGUGCAGCAGCAGGUAGCAGCAGGCCUGCCGUUCAAAUGCUUCAUCCAUCGAUUUGAGAAUGGGCUCCCGUUGGCCGACGCCCUUUUGGGAAUUUACCAGACACUUCUCGCCCAGGCCGAGGACGUUCUCGAUCGCAUUCAUGAGAAGAAGUCGGAAGAAACAGGGGCGGACGAGGCGAUACCGCAUAACGUGGUGCUGGACAGGAAUUGGAUCUUGGUUGUUCCGCGACGAGCUGCCGGGGUGAACGGGGCCGAUGCAAACGCGGCCGCUAUGCUGGGAAUGGUGUGGGUGGCCAACGACCAGAAGCUGAGGCCGUGGAUGGAACAUGGGCCAGCUAAUGUGCUGGCUCGCGUUGGUGUGCCGGCUGAUAUUAACUAGAAAGGAAGGCGACAUUCACACCCACCCCUUGGGCGGCCACACAGACUAUUUCGGUAGAUAUCACACGCACAAGACACUUCUCUAUAAUAUUUGGAUUAUGGCAAUACAAGAACCGGAAGGUUUAUACCA